AUCAACAACAACAACAACAACAACAACUAAAUUGUUAUUAUAAUCGAAGUAUUGAUGAUGAAUCAGCCGCAACAACAACAACAACAACAACAACAAAUACAAGUGUUGGUGGUAUUCCAAAUUGUCCAAGUGAACCAUUAACACCAUCCGAUGAAUAUGAAUUUUAUCCAUUAGAAAUAUCAUCAAAUGAUGAUGAUAUUAGUGGUGAUGUUAGUGGUAGUAAUGAUAUUAGUGGUGGUAGUAGUUAUUGUGAAAUAAAUCAAACAAAAUCAUUAUCAAUUAAUUGUAUGAAUAUUGAUCAACAACAACAACAACAACAAAAUUCAAAUCAAAUUCAAAUGGAAUCUAAAACAUUAAUACGUCGUACUAGUGCUGAACCAUAUAUUAGUUUUAAUGAAAAACAAUCAUUAAAUAAUAAAAAUUUAUUAAUGAUCAAUAAUAAUAGUAAUAAUAAAGAUGAUAAAACAACAACAACUAAACAACAACAAAGACGAUCAACAACAACAACAACAACAACAGAAUCAGAAUCAACAACAACAACAGCAACAGGAACAACAAAAAAACGUCAUUCAAUAUCGGUCUCAAAUUUAACAAUAUUAACAAAUAGUUUAUUAACAGUUGCAUCAUUUGCUGAUGCAAAAAGUAGUCAAUUUUUAUCAUAUCUUAAAAAUGGUUGUCAAUUAGCUAAUAAUAAUAAUCAUAUAUCACAGAUGACCACCAAUACUAUCAAUGAUAAUGAUAAAAAUAGUAAUCUUAAUGAUCAUAAUAAUAAUAAUAAUAAUAAUGAUGAUGAACGACGUAAAGAUUCAAUAAAUUCAUUAAUAAUUGAUUAUGGAUUUCAAGGUAAAAUAAUUCGUGCACAUUUACCUGAUGAUCAACGUACAAUUGUACCAAUACAAUCUGGACAAACAAUACGUGAUGUAUUGGAAAAAUCAAUGGAUCGUCGUAAAUUAACAUCCGAUAUGUGUACUGUUUAUAUUUGUGAUACAAAUGAACCAAUCGAUUGGGAUAGUGAUGUAUCAUUAUUAAAUCCAGGUGCUGAAAUACGUGUAAAAACAAAUGAACCAUUUCCAAUACAAACACGUAUAUCACAUAAUUAUAUACGUAAAACAUUUUUUACAUUAGAAUUUUGUGAAUGUUGUAAUCGUAUAUUAUUUCAUGGUUUUCGUUGUCAAACAUGUGGUAUACGUUUUCAUACUAGAUGUGCAUUACAAGUACCAAGUUUAUGUCAACCAUUACGUAUUGAUAAUUAUUAUCGUCAUUUAUUAGCAAUGAAUGCUAAUAAUAUGUUAAAUAAUCCACAAACUGGUUGUAUUAAUCGUUGUGGUUUUUAUCGUUCAGCAUCGAUUAAUAAUCAUCAUUAUCAACAACAACAAAAACAACAACAAAAUUCAUCAAUAAAAUUAUCAAAACAACAAUUGAAAAUAAAAAUUACAAAUAAAAAUCAAAAUGAAACAAUUAAUAAUGAUAAUGAUGAUAAUAAUCAAUUAUCAACAAAUUUUUUACGACCAGAUUUACAAUCAUCACAACAACAACAAUCACAACAUUCACGUGAACGUUCAACAUCAGCACCGAAUGUUUGUUUUAAUUCAACAACAAUUAAUACUGAUAAUAAUAAUGAACAUACUAAAACGAUAAUCGAUAAUCAGAAUAAUGAUAAUACAAAAUUACGUUUAAAACGUCCAACAACAUCACCAAAUAAAUUAAAUAAACUUAUUGAUCCAUCAUUAUCAUCAUCAACAACAACAACAUCGACAAAAACAACAAUGACAUUAAAUAAUAAUAACAAUAAUGGUGGCAGUGGUAGACCACGUGCAAGAUCAGCCGAUGAAUCAAUAAAAAUUAAUAAUAAAAUCCAAAAUACAUCUGUAUCAUAUCGUGAAUCGAUUGAAGAUUGGGAAAUACCACAAGAUGAAAUAUUAGUUGGUCCACGUAUUGGUUCCGGUUCAUAUGGUACUGUUUAUCGUGGACAUUGGCAUGGACCAGUUGCAUUAAAAAAAUUAAAAGUAAUCGAACCAACUGAAACACAAUUACAAGAAUUUAAAAAUGAAUUAACUGUUUUAAGAAAAACACGUCAUGUUAAUAUAAUAUUAUUUAUGGGUUGUGUAUCAAAACCACAUUUAACAAUUGUUACACAAUGGUGUGAAGGUUCAUCAUUAUAUAAACAUUUACAUGUUUUUGAAACAAAUUUUGAAAUUAUUCAAUUGAUUGAUAUUGCUCGACAAACAGCACAAGGAAUGGAUUAUCUACAUGCUAAACAUAUUAUACAUCGUGAUCUUAAAUCAAAUAAUAUUUUUCUACAUAAUGAUUUUACUGUAAAAAUUGGUGAUUUUGGCCUAGCAACAGUCAAAUCACGUUGGAAAGGUUCGAAAAAAUUUCAACAACCAACUGGUUCAAUAUUAUGGAUGUCACCAGAAAUUAUACGUAUGAUUGAACCAAAUCCAUAUUCAUUUCAAAGUGAUGUUUAUUCAUUCGGUAUUGUAUUAUAUGAAUUAACAACCGGUACAUUACCAUAUCGUCAUGUUAAUAAUAAAGAUCAAAUAUUAUUUAUGGUUGGACGUGGUUAUCUAAAACCAGAUUUAUCAUUAUUACGUGAUAAUAUUCCAAAACGUUUUGUACAAUUAUUAAAAGAUUGUAUACAAUUUGAUUUUAUAAAACGACCAUUAUUUAGACAAAUAUUAUCACGUAUUGAAAAUAUAUUACAAUUAUUACCAAAAUUUGAUCGUUCACGUUCAGAACCAUCAAUUUAUGAUCAUAAUAAUCAUCAAUCAUUAUUAUCAUCAUCAAAUAUUGAUGAUGAUCCAGAUUUAAUUAUUUUUACAAAUAAUAAUAAUAAUAAUUUUAUAACAAAACCGAUAAUAACAACAAAAAAUUGUACAGCCGCAAAUGUAGACGCAAACAAAAUCGCAACCGAAUCAUCAUCAUCAUCAUCAAUAAUUUAUCAAUCGCCAAAUGAUAUUGAAUACAUUCCCGAAUCAUCUGAAUCCGCAUCAACAACAACAACAACAACGGCCAAAUUAAUCGAACAACCAUUUACCUAUUUUGUAACUGAAAAUAUUUAGUCAAAAACAAACCAAACAAAAAACAAAAUUUUUCAUUCAAAACUUUAUUUCAAUUUCCAAAUUUUUAAAAAUAGAAAAAAUAAUAAUAAAAACAAAG